AUGGCAUUGCGUUGUCUCUCGCAAACCACAAAGAGUUCUAGCACGAGCGAUCGGAUACGCGAGCAGGCCGGAGCUUCACUGGCGCGCCAGGAGCCGUCUCGUCGUAGCUUCGCACAACAAGGAAGCCUCUGGUGUGCUACGGCUGUGGGACCUCGAAUCUACGAUUAUGCUGCGGCCUCCCUGCCACCGGAUGAUCAGUCCAUCGGCCCAUUCCCAACCAAAGGUUCAUGGGUUCUAUCCCUGUAUCAGCCCUUUGCCCGACCCACGGCCACACGAAAACCGAUUCUGGAUGCAGCCUGGAUAUCGCACGGCCGCGCAGUGUUCGCUCUCCUGGCCGAUGGCUCCUGGGGCAUCUGGGAUAUUGAGGGCGCCAGCCCACUGGGCUCAACACUCCUGGGCAAGCAGAGCUCGGGCAUCCAAGGUGCGGCGCUGACUGCCUUCAGCGUAUUUGGGCAGAUCGAGGGCACGAGUCCGCUUCGCAACGCGGUCAACGGCGCAAGAUCCAGUGGCGAUUUCGUCCCGUUGACACCACAUAGCCGGCGCGACGCUGCCGCGUCACUCAAUGCCGUCACAACCCCCGAAAAGCUCGCCAGUAUCAAGGGCGGCGUGACGGUGACACCACUACCGACUAGAGGCUCGCAGUCGGGUGACGAGAGCGUCGUGGUCUGGAUCGGAGGACACGACAACGUCUCCGUCAUCCCUGCCGUUUCUCGAUUCUGGGACGCGCAGCUGCGAAGGAGCUCCGGCGGAGGAGUGAACCUGUUCAGCGGCACGACACCUACGCGGAUGGUCCGACUCCAAGACCUGGCGACUGGACUUCUAGGCGAGCGCUGCUGCGGCGUGAGUGCCGCCGUCGACUUUGAGAAGCUGCAUGAAAAUGACGGCGGUCUGCGAAUCGAAGUGCUCAUCCAAGGCGAGAGCCGUCUGGUCAUCGUUCGAGAGUCUGAGGAGGGCGUGGGCACCAAGGUCUGCGCGGCAUCAUCCGGCUUCGGAUUCAACCUCGACGCCGCGGCCGACGUGGAAGAGGACGUGGAACGCGAUGUCGAGGCUGAGAUGCUGGAUAUUAUGGAGAUUGACCGUGCUCUGGACAGCCUAGACGAUGACCGGGGCAGCGGGCGGAAGAAGGUCUUUUUCGAAGACCAAUUCACUUGA